GCUAUUUGCAAAGAUCUUUGUACCCCUUAAAAAAAAACGCUUUUAAAAUGUUAUUUGUGUAUCAGAAACUAUGACAUAAUAACUGAUUAUCUCACAAAAUGGAUCUUGUUAGGAAGAAAAGUUAUUCAAGUGGUUCUUUUUUGCAGCUCCUGAACAAAAUAAUCUUAAAUCAAGUGCCUUUGACAAAAUUAUUAAACCAGAAGAUGAAAAAACGUUGUACUGCGUACAAGUGACAAAAUAUGAUCGUCAUGGUUACAAGGCUCGUGGACGAAUUCUUGUGCUGACCAACAAAGCCAUUUACCUACUAGAUGAAAUGGAUUGUAAAUUGAAACAUAGGCUGAGUUUUCAGAACAUAUCUAGUUUAUCUGUAAGUGAUCUGACAGAUGGUAUCUUAGUGUUGAGGAUAUGCAGAGAGCUCAAAAAAGAGAAGGGAGACUUGAUACUCGACUGCAGAGAUCUGCUGAUAGAAGUGAUUGUGAAAAUUGUCAUAGCCAGCAACAACAAGUCUUUAGUAAAAGUGGAAGAAUCAGGAUGUAUACCUCACAAUCUAAUGAAUGGCAAACAAGGAAUUAUAAACUUCUCAAGUGGAAUAAAGCCUGCAAUUUAUAAAGAAAAAGACGGGCAUCUUGCUGUGAUUGCUGUUUCCCCUUAAGGUCAUGACAGACUUGUUUGAACUUUCAGAAAAAUGCAAGUUUCUGCACAAAACUAGCAAAGUCACCAGAGGAAUCCUGUUGAAGUUAAUGUUAUAUGUAUAUAUUUCACUUAAAUAUUAGCUUAAGUUGUACGCUAAACUUCCACUGUGCAUUAUUUGUAAUUCUCUGCAAUGUUAUUUCUCUUUUUUUCUUUUUUCUUUCCUUCACUGAUUCCAGUACUCAUGCCAUUGUUCCCUUCCUGUUUUGAUGUUAAGGCAAAAGUAUAGAUACAUAUGUUAGAGUUCAAAGCUCUACAGAAUUAAUUAAUUAUUUUUGCAAAAAAGUAAUAAAAACACUCUUGAGGUAUGUGAUAUUGGUUGUUUUCGGAUGAUGUUGUCAUUUGAUACGAGAUACUUAGAUUCAGAGGCUUUAAUUGUGUAAUUGAAACUUUAUGUUCAAAUCUUUGCCAAUUUGAUUAGGUGUGAAAAAAUGCAAUAUUCAUAAAUCAAAAUAGAGAAGUCCACUCAAAUAUUUGAUAACACAAAAAAUGUCUCGAACAAAAUAACUGUUUAACUAAAGUUGUAAUGAGUGAUGAUAAUCAGCAUGAUCUGUAUGUAAUCUCAAGUAAGUAUAAUCUCAAAGUAAAGAAAAAAGUUAUAUUUUGGGAUCUUCUCUUGAAUGUUUCUGGGGGUUUUGUAGUUUCAUUACAUCAAAUAUUUUUAAAAUAUUUUAUAAUUUUGGUUGUAAAUAAACUUAAUUUUUUGUAGUGAUCUAAUCAUGUUAACAAUUUGAUGUUAUUAAAAUAAAAAUGUGUUAUUCAGCUGUAACUUUAAAAUGUUUAGACCUGUUGUCUAUCUUAUUUUGCAAUUUAGAUUACUAGUAUGAUCUACCAAAUUUUGUAAGUUUUAAUAUUCACCAGUGAUAUACACCAAAUUUUUUUGUUCUUAUAUCAUGUAUAAGGAAAAUCUGAGUAAAUGUUUUCUCUGCUGAACUACAUGAAUGGAUUAAACUAGGACAAAGGUAUUUUAAAUUAAAAACAAGUAACAUAACUUGCAAGUAAGCAAUAAUAAUGAUUGCUGUGUGAACUUGAAGGUUUUUAGUGUUAGGUUAUUUUUAUCCUAAUGAUUUUGUUCAGAAUAACUUCCAAACAUUUUUGUUAUAAUUGUAUAUGAUACAUCAAAGCUUUUCUUGGUGUGUUUUUUCAUCAAACCUUCUCAAAAAACACAACUGGUGGAAAAAUGAGGAUAAAUAGAACAUAAAUGGGAUAAGGGAAAGCAGGUUAUAGCCUCCCAUCAUAAAAUAUCAGGAAAAGUAUAAAAUGUUUUCUUACCUUUACUCCUUUACUUGUACUUACACUCAUCUCAGUAAUGACAGAAACAUCCAAAAUCUUCUGCAGUAUUCAUAUAAGGAAUCACGUUAUACAGUCACAUCGUAUCUUUCUGGCACAUCCUGGUAUCUGAAAAACUGUUUCGAGUGAAUACAUGUAUUUAACAGCAUAUUAAAGAAAUAUGUUAGAGCACAGUGUUUCUUGGUUGCAUAUGUUUUUCAUUCUUCUUCCUAAAGAUAGUUUUACAACUGAACUAUCUAGAGAAUUUUGCUCAAAAAGAGGUAAAUAGCUGUUCCUGAUCAAUUCACUAGCUAUAUUUCUGCUGUGAUGCACAAGAGCUGUUCUUUCUGUUGUCUAGCUUACAUUUUAAUGCUAACAUUUGCUGAAAAAAACAGGUUGGUAGAAAGACUAUAGAAUUACAGGAUAUGAUGUUUAGUUCUGGUAAACCUUCCUGCCAUAUCACAUGAUAAGCAAGGUGUAGUUUACAGUGAAAACAGAAUAAACUCUAAGAUUGUAAUAAACAUAUUAACAUACACUAAGCUAUAAAAAUAGCUGAAUGUCCAGUUUUAUUGUGAAGUUUUUUGUUUUUUAUUUUCACUAGGUGCCACUUUGACAUCUGAAAAGACAAGAAUUAGCACCUUAAGAUAUUUUUUCUGUCCUAUUGAGUUCUUGAAAUUCUGUUUCUUCAUGUGAUGUAUCCUGUACCUUUUUCUCCAGUUUAAUUUUUCUGUUUUGACAGUUAUAUUCUAUAAAAGCUCUUUACACUUUUCAUUUAUUUCAACUCUGUUGCUAUUCUGCAUCUUGUUAUUUCUCAUAUAAACAUUAUUAGCACCUACUAUGAGACAUUUUUACAGCUAUUCAACAAAUUUUGAAACACAAGAAUGGAGGAAACAUUUAUUAGUACAUAUCUUGUUAACCAAAAUCCAUUUAUCAAAUGUCAAGAACUGGUUGCAAUUCCCAUCUGCCUCCCUCCAAGGUGUGACCAGAUAAACAACUUCAAACUGGUCUAACAGAGAACAGUUUUGGUCUUCCGAAGCUACUUGCCAUUGUUAAACUGGUAAAACAGAGAGCAGUUCUGGUCUUCCUAUUUGCAGUUGUUAAACUGCCCUAACAGAGAACAUCAUUUUUUGUGGUCUUCCUAUAUGUAGUUGUUAAACUGGUCAAGCUGAAACUUGUUAUGAUUUUCAUAUUUACAGUUGUUUGCAUUUGUUAACUUGAUGAAAGAAAGAACAGUGUUGGUCUUUUUACAUCCAGUUGUUAAAUUGGCCAAACAAAGAAAAGCUUUGUUCAUUCUAUUUGCAGUUGUUAAGCUGGUCAAAAAGAAACCUGUUUUGGUUUUCGUAUUUACAGUUGUUAACUUGGCCAAACAGACAUCAAACUGUUAUCUGUUUGACCAGGUUAACAACUGAAAAUUGGAAGAUCAAAACUGUUAUCUGUUUGAGAAGGCUAAGAACUGCAAAUAGCAAGAACAAAACUCUUAUCUAUUUGAGAAGGCUAAGAACUGCAAAUAGCAAGAACAAAACUCUUCUCUGUUUGACCAGGUUAACAAGUGUGAAUACAAAGACCAAAUCUCCUCUCUCUUUGGCCAGGUUAACAAUUGCAAGUAGGAAGACCAAAACUAUUCUCUUGAAGAUCAAAAAUGUUCUCUGUUUUGGUUAACAACUGUUAAACCAUUAGAUAAAAACUGUUCCCUGUUUGACAAGGUUAAUGAUUGCAAUUAUGAAGAUCAGAACUGUUCUCUUUUUGACAAGAUUAACAUCAUCAAAUAGGAAAAAGAAAACUGGUUUUUGUUUAACCAUUUUAAGAGGACAAGAACUGGUUUUGGUUGGCCAUGUGAAUAACUAGAAAUAGGGAUACCAGACCUGUUUUCUUGUUGACUGUAAUAACAAAUACAAAUAGGGAUACUAGAACUGUUUUCUUGUUGACUGUGAUAACAAAUACAAAUAGGGAUACCAGAACUGUUUUCUUGUUGACUGUGAUAACAAAUACAAAUAGGGAUACCAGAACUGUUUUCUUGUUGACUGUGAUAACAAAUACAAGUAGGGAUACCAGAACUGUUUUCUUGUUGACUGUGAUAACAAAUACAAGUAGGGAUACCAGAACUGUUUUCUUGUUGACUGUGAUAACAAAUACAAGUAGGGAUACCAGAACUGUUUUCUUGUUGACUGUGAUAACAAAUACAAAUAGGGAUACCAGAACUGUUUUCUUGUUGACUGUGAUAACAAAUACAAUAGGGAUACCAGAACUGUUUUCUUAUUGACUGUGAUAACAAAUACAAAUAGAAAGACCAAAACUGUUCUCCUUUUUAAAUGUUUUCAGUUUUUGCUACAGAUUAAAACAGUGUAUGUUUAACAGUAAUCAUAUAUUUCAAAAUAAUAACUUGAACAUAACAUUUUUUUCAAAAUUUUCAAAUUACUACAAAUCUUUUUCACAAACAACAUUUGUAGCUUGCUUCCCAUCUACCAACAAAUAUAAAUUGUGAGGUGAUCCAACCCUUGAAAACCUUAAAUCUCAUUGAUCAUGAAAAAAGUAUGGUUGUUUGAGAAACAAUCUAGCAAUUUCCAUACUUUGACCUUGAAACCCUUUUGAAUAUUCAACGUUGUCUAAAGCAUCAACCUGCCACUAUUGUUUGAGAUUGACUCAAUAGGCUGUGAGUAAUUGACCAACAGGCUUUAUAAAAUAGAAAUAGAAUUAAGUUCAAUUUUUACUACUUAGGAAAUUCCCCAUAGUUCAUAGUAUUUGCAUACAAAUUUUGUUUGAGAUUGGUCCAAUAGACUUGGAGCAGUUAGGGUGCAAACAAACACACAUGUGUACCAUUUUCUCUAGAUACUGACAGAAAUUACCAGAUUCUUGAAGUCAUUGUGAACUUUCUAAGGAUUAUAAUCUUGGUUUGCAUUUAUUAAUGUAGUAAGCUUUCAGUACUGUCACUUUUUAAUUGAUGACAUCACAGCCUUCUCGCAAAUUUGUCAUUUAUCGAAAAACCUGUAACGAAAUUUUUACAAAUGGUAAAAGAAGAUGUUAAAGACA